AUGGUACAAGUACAUACUUGCACUCGAAGCAACAAGGGUGGCAAUAAGCGUGCCACUCAAGGUUGGAUUGCUAAUGUAGAAACUGACAAGUUGAAAUCUGAUGGGGAUGUCUCUCCAUAUGAGCUUAGAAAUUGGAUUAUGAAAACUUACAAUGUUGAUGUGCCGUACCUAAAAGUUUUUAGAGGGAAAGAGCAAGCUUAUACUGACAUGUAUGUUAAGUGGGAAGACUCUUUCAUGAAGAUGGACGAAUUUAGAGAAGAACUAUUAAAAAGGAAUGAAGGAAGCGUUGUUGAAAUUGACUUUGACAAAGUUGGUGGAAAGAAACUUUUCAAAAGGUUUUUUAUUUGUUUAACAGCUUGUUCUAGAGGGUUUGUUGUUGGUUGUCGUCCGUAUAUUGGUCUUGAUGCUUGUCAUUUAAAAGGAAAGUUUAAUGGUGUACUAGCCGUUGCAACUGAAACAUUUAAUUCUUGGAUUGGUAAAUUGCGCUAUAAACCCGUGCUUGAUCUUCUUGACGCAAUUAGGGAAAAGAUUAAGAAACGGUUUGAUAAGAAAAGGAAUUUGGUGAAUACAUGGAAUGGCGUAUUGGUUCCUAUUGCUAAAAAUCAUCUCAACGACAUCGCUAAGAACUUGGGUGAAUAUGAAGUUACUAGAAGUUGUGAGAAUCAAGCUGAAGUGAAGUACAAGGGAACACGUUGGGAGGUCAACCUAGAUGAAAUAAAAUGUAGUUGUCGAGUGUGGCAAGUUCAGGGUCGACCAUGUGUACAUGCAGCGGCUUUUAUUGCUUUUAUAAGGGAUGCUAACUGGGACAAAUAUGUUGAGCCCUAUUUCACUAUAGAGAAAUUUAAAUCUGCAUAUGCUUUUCAAAUUGCUCUGAUGCCCGAACAGAAUCAAUGGGCAAAAAAAAUGGGGAGAAAAUAUAUUCACCUAUUAUCAAACGCCCACCUGGACGACCAAGAAAAAAUAGAAUUAAAUCAUCGUAUGAGUCUAAAAGAAGACACAAGUGCCCGCGAUGUGGUGAGUAUGGACAUCGUCAAAAAAACAUGUAAAAAUCCAGCAUCUGAAAGUUUCGAUCAAAGUGAAACAGCCACCUCUAAAAGGAAACGUGGAAACAAUACAAAAUCGCAUGGUGAUUUGGGAGUUUCGGGGUCUACAUAA